UCGUCUGGAUCUUCGAGCUCCUCUAGCAGCGGCUCGUCCGGCAGCGGCUCCGAGUCUGGCUCGUCCGAGGGAUCCACAACGGUCUACACCGUCCUUCCCAUCGAAGUUGCCACCGGCGUUUCCAUGCCCUCUGGUGUCGCCGCUGUUGGCUUCUCGACCACCACCUCCACCGCUUCGGCCAUGACGACAACCGUCGCUUCCUACAUGUACAAGAACUCGUCGACCUCCGCUGUUUCCAGCGGCCCCAGUCGCGUUGUGGUUUCUUCCACCAGCAGCGCCGAGACUCCCGUGUAUACCGGCGCGGCCGCCACAUUCUCUACCUCUUCUUUCGCGACCAGCAUUUUCGGCGUCGCUCUGAGUCUUUUCGCCGUUUUCUUCGUCUAA